CGCUCCGUUGCGUCGCCGUCGUAACACGGAAAAUGGCGAGAGGAGGCUUCCUUAGCGAUUAAUCAAGCAAGGUUAAGCCCGGUCGAUUUCGCCCUUAAAUCGCAGCGCGAAUCACAACUAAUCACAAACGCAAACGCAAGCAUGGCCCCCGCAGGCGCCGCCGUCGCCCUCGCCGCCGCCGUCUGCUUGCUGCUCGUGGCCCCGGCCCCGGCGCGCCGCCCCUGCGACCUCCCGCCGCAGGUGCCCGACGCCGUGGACCGCGAGGCGGCCGCGGAGCCGCUUCGCCUGACCAAGCCGGUGGCCGACGCGGAUCUGACCACCACCAUCACCACCACCACCGUGCUCGCCGUUCCGGAGGAGGAGGGGAGGGGACGACCCGCCGCCCGCCGUGGGGGCCAGCUCUCCUCGCUGCUGUGCCUCGUCUUCCGGUGCGAGGAGCCGAGCGCGGUGGCCGUCCGGACGAGCGGCGAUUCGCAGGACGACGGGUGGUGGCCGCGGCCGGCGUGGACGAAGGGCGGCGACGACGACGAAUCCGACUCGGACUCCGACUGCGAGUCAGACUCGGACGACGACGACGAGGGCGGCGUCGUGGGCUGGUUCAGGUCGCUGGCGCAUCGCUUCUGAUCGAUCUUGGCCGUUCCAUUCCAUCACCACCAUAGAUGCAUUUUACUACUCCCCAUCAUCUUGUUUAUCAAGCAUUCUGGUGUAUGGUGUAUAGUUGUAGUACCAUUGUGCAGAUCCUCCCAACAGCAUCACGAUGUACUAUUAUGUAAAGCUAUAUUGAUGAAUGAAUAAAUGAUGCUCCUACGUUAUCAUA